AUGAAAGAACUGCUGGAUAACUUAUUUGGGCUGAUAGAUCUUGAUGAGGAAACGGAAAAUUAUUUAAGAGAAAGAAUAAAUGAUGAGAAAAACAAAAUUGUGGAAAAUGGUGUAGAUUAUUUUUAUGACUUAAUUUGUUCAUUUUCGGAUGAAAAAAUAAAAAAAAAUAUGAUUAUAGAAAUUUAUAACAAACAUUUAAAUAGUGUAAAUGGAAUAAUUAAUGGAAAUAAUAAUAAAAAUGGUGGUAAUGAAAAACUUACAAAACUUGUUAAUUUAAAAGAAUAUUGGGAAAAGAAUGAUGCAAUAGGUUUUUAUGACCCCUUUUUAGGAAUUCAAGAAAAACAAAUUAAUUACAACACAAAUAUUCCAAUAAGUGAAAGCAUAAAAAUAAAUAAAGAAAGAGAAAAACAGAAACAGAAACAACUAAAUUUAUUUAGAGAAUGGGUAAAUAAUAAAAUUAAAAUUCCACCCCCUGUAAGAUUACAUAAUUUGCUACAUUUGAUGGAUUCUAAUAAAAAUAAAACAAAAAUUGAAAAAAUGGGUGAUAUCAAAAUUGAUAACUUUAAUUUAAGUAUUGGUCAAAGAAACUUGCUAAAUGAUACUACAUUAAAAAUAAAUGUUAUGAAUAAAUAUGGGCUUAUAGGAAAAAAUGGAAUUGGUAAAAGUACCUUAUUAGCAAAAUUAGCUAGACAUGAAAUUGAAGAAAUAAAAAAAGAUAUUAGUAUUGCAUGUAUUGAGCAAGACUUAUUUUUUGAAGAUGUUACCGUGUUAGAAUGUGUUCUAAUGGUAGAUAAAUUAAGGUAUGAUUUAUUAAUAGAGCUUGAACAACUUGAAGCAAAAAAAAACAGUAAAAAAGAUGUAAAUAUGCAAGAAAUUGCAAAUCGGAAAAAUGAAGAAAAAAUAGGGGAAAAAAAGGGAGAAAAAGAAGAAAAGGAAGAAAAAAAGGAAGGGAAAAAAAAAAAAAAUGAUAUAAUAAAAAAAUCACCAAAUAAUGAGAAAGAGAGUACGAUGGAAGAAAAUAUAGAUGAAAAGAUAUUAGCUAUUUAUGAUAAAUUAAAUAGUAUCAACUAUUUAGAAGCUGAAAAAGAAGCUAGUAAAAUUUUAUGCGGGUUAGGUUUUGACUCGAAUUUGCAAAAAAAGAAAGUAAACUCCCUUAGUGGUGGUAUGCGAAUGAGAUUAUGUUUAAGUCGUAUCUUAUUUAGUAACAAUGAUAUAAUAUUAUUGGAUGAACCAACGAACCAUUUAGAUAUAUAUACCAUACAAUUUUUGAUAGAUUACAUACAAAAAUUAAAUAAGACAUGUAUUAUUGUUUCUCAUGAUAGAGAUUUUUUAAACGAAGUUUGUACAGAUAUUAUUCAUUUUCAUCAAAAGCAGUUAACAUAUUACUCAGGUAAUUAUGACCAGUUUGAAAAAACAAGAAUAGAGCAUUUAUUACAACAACAAAGAGAACAUGAUUCAAUUGAAAUGAAGAAAAAACACGUACAAAAGUUUAUAGAUAGAUUCAGAUGUAAUUCAAAAAGAGCAGCACUAGUACAAAGUAGAAUAAAGCUUUUAAAUAAAUUACCUGUAAUAAAUCUAGAGAAAGAAGAAACACCAUUUAGUUUCUCCUUUUUAGAACCAUUUUACAUUUCCAAUGUGUUAAUAAGGCUAAAAAAUGUUUCCUUUAAAAAUGCAAUGUUUAAAAAUCUACAAAUAAAAAAAAAGUCAAAUAUUAUAAUAGCAGAUACUGUUGAUGAAUCAUAUGUAAACACAAAUGACGAAUCAUCAUCCAACAUUGAUAGUACAAAAGAAGAUAAAGGUUCAUCAAAGAAUAAUGAUGAUUAUAAAUUUAAGCAUGAAUUUUUAUUUAAAAAUGCUACCUUUGAAGUAGACAUGGAUUCUAGAAUUGCAAUAUGUGGUGUUAAUGGUAGUGGUAAAACAACAUUAAUAAAAAUUAUUUUAAAUUUAAUAAACGUUUUUGAAGGAGAAUUGCAUGUUAGCAACAAAGCAAAUAUUGGAUAUUAUUCCCAAUAUCAUGUGGAUAGUUUAAAUCCAAUUUUUAAUUCCAUUCAACAGUUACAGUAUAAUUAUUCCAACAAAAAUAUAAAGGAAGAAGAAGCUAUCAAAUAUUUUAACAAAUUUAAUAUUCCAACAAAUAUUUUAUAUGAACCUAUUUAUGUUUUAUCAGGAGGUCAGAAAAGUAAACUGGCAUUAGCUAUUUUAGCAUACAAAAAUCCAAAUAUUUUAAUUUUAGAUGAACCAUCGAAUCAUCUUGAUAUUGAAUCUGUUCAAGCUUUAAUUGUGGCCCUUAAUUUGUACAAAGGAGGGCUUAUUAUCAUUAGUCAUGACACCUAUUUAAUAAAACAUGUGGCAGAUGAAAUAUAUCACAUAAAUAAUAUUACCAAAGAGUUGAUCAAAAUAGACUAUGAAUUUGAUAAAUACACGAAAUUAUUACUAGAAAAUAAGAUAUAG